AACUUAAAGACAUCUUCUAUGGCUACUUGUAGAAUUUUCAGCGUUAUUUUCUUUGUUUUGUUAUGUGUAGGCAUAUGUUCUGCUGCUAGAGCCCUCCUUACUUUCGAGGAAGGAACAGGCUAUCCUGGCUAUGGCAAUGGCCAUGGCAUUGGUGGUGGCUUGGGCUAUGGUGGCGGAGGUGGUGCUGGUUAUGGGGGAGGAGUUCCAGGAGGCUAUGGGGGUGGUGGAGGCUCUGGCAGUGGUGCUGGCUACGGAGCCGGCGUGGGAGAACAUGGUUUUCCUGGUUAUGGUGUAGGGUAUGGUAGUGGUGGAGGUGGAGGUGGAGGUGCUGGUUAUGGCGCUGGUGGAGAACAUGGAGGUGGCUAUGGUGGUGGUGGCGGUGGUGGUAGUGGUGGUGGUGGUGGUGCUGGCUAUGGUGCUGGAGAAGAACAUGGUGCCGGUUAUGGUAGUGGAAGUGGUAGUGGUGGUGGCAUUGGCUAUGGUGCUGGAGAAGAACAUGGUGCCGGUUAUGGUAGUGGAAGUGGUAGUGGUGGUGGCAUUGGCUAUGGUGCUGGAGGAGAACAUGGCGGAGGUCAUGGUGGUGGUGGUGGUAGUGGUGGUGGGGUUGGCUAUGGUGCUGGAGGAGAAGGAGGUGCCGGCUACGGCAGUGGAAGUGGUAGUGGUGGUGGCAUUGGCUAUGGCGCUGGAGGAGAACAUGGUGGGGGUUAUGGUGGUGGUGGUGGUAGUGGUGGUGGGGUUGGCUAUGGUGCUGGUGGAGAGCAUGGAGGCUAUAUACCUUACUAUGGUGGCUAUAGUGGUGGAGCAGAACAUGGGAGUGGGUAUGGUAGUGGUAGUGGGAGUGGUGGUGGUGGUGGCUAUGGUGCUGGUGGAGAGAACGGCGGGGGUUAUGGAGGUGGUGGAGGAUCUGGUGGUGGUUCUGGCUAUGGUGCUGGAGGAGAACACGGUAGUGGCUAUGGCAGUGGUAGCGGCAAUGGUGGUGGUGCUGGCUAUGGUGCCGGUGGCGGUGGAGAGCAUGGUGGUGGAUACAAUAGUGGUGGCUAUGGUUCAGGAGAACAUGGAGGUGGUUAUGGCAAUGGUGGUGGUAAUGGCGGUGGUGCUGGUGAAGAGCAAGGUGAUGGUUACGGUAAUACCGGAGGAACUGGCUAUGGCAUUGGAAGUAAACAUGGUGGUGGCUAUGGAGGUGGUGGAGGAAGUGGGGGAGGUGGUGGCAUUGGCUAUGGUGCAGGAGGAGAGCAUGGAGUUGGCCACGGUAGUGGUAGUGGAACUGGUGGAGGUUCAGGAUAUGGAGCUGGUGGUGAACAUGGUGCUGGUUAUGGCGGCGGUGGUGGCGGUGGCUCCGGAGGUGGUGCUGGUUAUGGAGCAGGUGGGGAACAUGGAGGCGGAUAUGGAAGUGGAAGUGGUGCAGGAGGAGGUCAUGGUGGCUACGUUCCAUGAGAAUGGCUUCAAAUUGGCCAGUCAAGUUAUCACUCUCCUUACAAAUAGGAGGAGUGUGAUAGUAAUAAUAAACUUAGAGUAUUGGUACAAAUAUAUUGUGAGCAAGAACUUAUCAGCGAAAUUAGGUGUCUUAAUUAAAUAAGAUGCUAUCUUCUUGUCGUCGCCUCGUCGAUGUAUUUACGUGUGAUGGUCUUGAUUCUUGGGCUCUUGGGUACCCUUUUGAGAGUCCUUAAUUUGCAUGGAACGUUUGAAUUAAUGCUAAAUGUCUGUCGUUUUUUAAUGGAGACUAUAUAUGUUCUUUCGGUUUUGUUUUUAUUUUGUCUUUUGUUUUGGAGAAUGUUCUAACUUCCUUUUCAGUUAUUAAGUAUUGUGUUGUACUUAA